AAUUGAAUCUAAUAGUGGUCCAACAUUAUUAGAAUAAAAAAACGUUAAUUAUUGAUAUCUUAAUUUAAGAAAGGGGGAAAAAUCGGAGAAAUGCUUAGAUUUUUGUUUUCAUGAGCAAUAUGAGUUCUUCCCACACUCCGAAUAAAAAGAUAAAGAGCAAAUAUUCAGAAGAAAAUUUAAAGAAAGCUUUGGACGAAGUUCGAGACAACAAGAAGUCCAUAAGACAAAUAUGUAAAGAUUACGGAAUUCCUAAGACCACAAUAUUAGACAAAUUAAGCGGACGCAGACCAGAUGGAGUAAAGAAAUCUGGGCCAGAACCAGCGUUAGGGAUUGAGGGGGAAAAGAAAAUAGUAGCUUGGCUUCUCGAUAUUUCAAAAUGUGGGUUUCCAGUUAAAAAAAAUGAAUUGUUGGAUACAGUUCAAAAGAUAGUUCAAGAUGGCCAAUUUAAAAACCAAUUCAAGGAUGAUCGCCCAGGCCAAAAGUGGUUCGACAAAUUUUUAGCGAGAAAUACGGAGAUAUCGGUAAAAAAUGCUGAAGGCAUUAAUAAAGCUAGAGCUCAUGUCACGGAGCAGUCUAUUAGGCUCUGGUUUAAAGAGCUCGAAGAAUAUUUGAAAAGUAUAAACCAAACAGACAUUUUGAGCAACCCGGAAAGAAUAUUCAAUGGAGACGAAAGCGGAUUCGCUCUUUGCCCUAAGACUGGAAAAGUUUUGGGUCCAAGAGGAUUCAAGAAUUUGUAUCAAAUUAAACCCAACAACGAAAAAGAGAACAUAACGGUGUUAUUGACAUUUAAUGCGAAUGGAGAUAUGUGCCCACCUUGCGUCGUAUUUCCAUACGUAAGACCACCCAAAGCUGUAGUGAAUAGUAUGCCUGAAGGAUGGUGCCUCGGUAAGUCAGAGACGGGUUGGAUGAGAGGAGAUGUGUUCUUCGAAUACGUGACAAAUGAUUUUAAUAAUUGGGUAGAGGAAAAAAAUAUUAAAAAACCAGUACUUCUACUGGUAGAUGGGCAUAAAUCGCACAUGUCACUAAUGCUCAGUACGAUAUGUGAAGAAAUGAAAAUUAUUUUGUAUGCCCUGCCACCAAAUACAACCCACAUAUUACAACCAGCUGACGUUAGCGUAUUUGCACCAGUAAAGACUUAUUGGAAGGCUACUGUGCGUGAAUUUCUUUCGAAACCUGAAAACCUUAAUUCUGCAGUCACAAAAUCAAAUUUUUGCACGCUACUCAAUGAAGCAUUAAAGCACCCUAACAUGCCCGAGAAUAUUAAGAAUGGAUUUAAGCGCUGUGGCCUAUUCCCAUUCGACGCGAACAGCCCAGAUUAUACCAAAUGUGUAAGAAAUACAUUAGAAAAUGUACAAUCCAUUGGCGGACCAACACACGAUAUCAACCAUUCAGAUAUUAAAACGUUUAAAAAAGUUUUAAAGUACAUAAGGCCGGCACUUAAAGAAAAAAAAAUUAACAUUCGACCUAUCUUAAGAGAAGUAAACAAUUUGAGAAAGUCUCUUCCGCCGGAACUAGGUAUUGGAGAAAUUUCGAUUGAAACAGAAUCAGAAAGUUCAUUGAUAGAUCUUUCAAAUACAGAAGAAAACCUCACAAAUUCUUCUCAUAUUGAGUGUGAAUUGGAUGCAACUACAGAAAUCACUUUCUCUUCAUCACACAAUGAAGAUAAAAAUCGAAAUGACAGCAAUGACUCAAGCCCGACUCUACAAAUAGAAACAGUUUCAGCUGAAGUUCAUACUGCCCCAAUACAAUCUGUUGAGCCUGACAGACUUAUCAAUGAUUGGAGCAGUCACGAAUAA